UGCUCCUCCUGUGUGCAUUCCCGCUUCGGUGCGCGCGACCUGAAUGAGAUAAACACCUUUGAUUGUGAGCGGUUCGGCGCCUUUGAUGUUCUCGCUGCUCAAAGUCUGAGAAGUUGACAUCAAACUCCGACCUCCCGAAGCUUCUGAGCAGACGAAAAGCCACGCUGCCAAGAUGUUUAGCACCAAAAGACUGAAACAGAAGUCGCAGUCGGUGGAUAUCGGCACUCAAGGUUUCUCUCCAACUCUGGUGCCAGCUUUGCCCCUCAUUAGGGCUGCAUCACCUGUCGCCAAGACGACCGCUGCCCUUGCGGUCCAGGAAAACAACGCGACUAAUUCCCAACGCCGCAGCCCCCGGUGCGCUGAGCUGAAGAGAGGCUACACCAUUGAUACUGGCCAGAAGAAGACUCCAGAGAAGAAGGAUGGGAGGCGCCUGUCGUUCCAGAGACCCAAAGGGACCCUCGAGUAUACUGUGGAAUUGCGGGACACGUUGAACAGCAUUGCACUCAAGUUUGACACCACACCCAACGAGCUGGUUCAGCAGAACAAGCUGUUCUCCCGAGCAGUGGUGCCUGGCCAGGUUCUGUAUGUUCCUGAUCCCGAGUACGUCUCCAGUGUUGGAAGCUCCCCUUCCCUCAGUCCCAUCAGCCCCCUGUCUCCCACUUCCUCAGAAGCUGAUUUAGACAGGGUGACGGACUCUGAUGGCACACCCAGACCAGAAAGUAUCCACCCCCCAGUCUUCUCUGCCCUCCGUCAUUCCAGAGUGGUGUCAUCCACCUCCGAGGAGGAAGAGGCCCUCACAGAAAGGUUCCUCAAAAUCAACUGCAAGUACAUCACAGAUGGCAAGGGUGGGGUUAGCGGGGUGCUGCUGGUGACGCCCAACAACAUAAUGUUUGACCCUCACCGGAACGAUCCGCUGGUUCAGGCACACGGGUGUGAGGAGUACGGCAUCAUGUGUCCGCUGGAAGAAGUUCAGUCUGCUGCCAUCUACAAGGAAAUCACUGACCCCAAGAUCAGAGAGGCAGUACCUGAUGAUCUUGAGCCUUUACCAGCUGAGAGACUUCCCUCAAAGCAAAAAGAUGGAGAGCAACCCCUGAUGGAGGCUGAAGCCAAUGACAGUGGCAGCACAGCCCCACGCAGCACCAAGGGCUCCUUCUCCGAAGAUGUCUUCACCGAGUCAGAGCUGUCCCCCAUCCGUGAGGAGGAGCAAACGUCAAAUGAGGAUAGCCAUCUGGACAAGUCCUCUGGAGCUUCCACAGAGUCUGUACAAACCGUGACCCAGGUGGAGGCUGCUGGUGUGGACCCCCAGGCUCCAGACAGCAGCUGCGGUUCAGUCAGCCAGCCACAGGAACCCAGCGCGGUGAAAGCUUCUGCUACAGAAGAGGACAAUCCACUAGACACUGCCACAGAAAACAGCCAGUCCCCAAUGGUAUCCAAGCAGCACAGUGAGGAAAAGCCACCAAGCACACCCGCCACCGCCGCCACAACAACCACCAGCAGCACUACUAACCAGGGCCACGGCCCCAGCAGCACUGCCUCUCGUCCAGACUCACAAAGCUCAACCACUCCAGGUGACACAGAUGCCACCGCUGUCUCAGCCAGUCCACAGGGGCAGUCCUGUGAGGGGGCGGAGCUCUCCACAACGGACUGUAUGCAACAAAGCAAAGAAGAAAAGGAUAGUUUUGAGGAGUCACAACAGGAUGGUGCACAGAACUCUGCAGAAGGCACGGGCUCUGCAGAGAAGCCAAAGCACCGCUCACACAAGUUCCUCUGUCUACGAGUGGGGAAACCCAUGAAGAAGACGUUUGUUUCCCACGCCAGCGCCUCCAUGCAGCAGUACGCCCAGCAGGGCAAGAAACACGAGUACUGGUUCGCCGUGCCACAGGAAAGGUCGGACCACCUCUAUGUGUUUUUCAUCCAUUGGAGUCCAGACAUGUUUGGUGAGGAGGUCGGGGGGAUGGGACAGGAGCCGGGGUUCCUGGUCAUUAAAAAGAACGAGGUAUCGGAAGCGGAUAAGGAUGAGCCUAUCACCGAUAUCAACGUGAAGGAAUGGGAGGUAGUGUCUCUGACUGAGUACCAGCGUCGGAUUGAUGCACUAAAAAGUGAAGAUCUGCGGUCGCUCUGCAAAAGACUCCAGAUCACCACCAAGGAAGAGGUGAACUCCAAACAUGGUGUGUCCAUCAAGUCUGAGCUGGAGCCCGAAACCUUCAAACCCAACCUCAGAGAGCCCAGUGACCUCCUGGAGGCAGAGCAGAUAGAGAAGCUUGCCAGGAAUCUCCCACCACGGACCAUUGGCUACCCUUGGACUCUGGCCUUUGGCACAUCAAAGCAUGGCAUGAGCAUUAAGUCACUGUACAGAGCCAUGCAGGGUCAGGACACCCCGGUACUACUGGUCAUUAAGGACAGUGAUGGAGAGGUAUUUGGUGCGUUGGCAUCUGAGCCGUUUAAAGUCAGUGAAGGCUUUUAUGGCACUGGAGAGACGUUUCUCUUCACCUUCCAGCCCGAGUUUGAGGUGUACAAAUGGACGGGCGACAACAUGUUCUUCAUCAAAGGAGACACAGACUCCUUAGCGUUUGGUGGAGGAAGUGGCGAGUUUGGCCUUUGGCUGGACGGAGACCUUUACCAUGGCAGGAGUCACUCCUGUAAGACGUUUGGGAAUCCUAGCCUCUCCAAAAAGGAGGAUUUCUAUGUGCAGGACAUAGAGAUCUGGGCAUUUGAAUAACAAAACGGAGCUCUACAGGGAAAAAGAAACAGAAGUCCUUCAAACGGAGGAGCCUUCCUCAGAACUAUGGCAACGUCCCAACCCACACUGCACAUCACCAGGGCUGCUCAGGCCCCCGAGCCAGCUAUCGGAUGCUUGUUGUGCGUUACUACUGCAGUUAUUAUGGAGCUUUUUUCCUCCUUUUUGUGAAAAGUUACCUUUGUGUGUAUCUUGUUACAGCUGUGUGCAGCGUCUUUGCGGAGCAGGGGAGUGAGAAAAUCAGUAAGCUGAGGAAGCAAUAGUGAGUCAAAGGAGGACAAACGUUAAACGGUCUACGAGGGCUACUCUCAGCGAAAGACAGCGGCUGAGGUUUGGGACCGCAGUGCGAAGGCAGAACUACCUUAAUGGAACAGACUGUGUAUCCAAGCGAGCCAGAAUCUCAACCAGCCCCCAGAAAUCUCAAAAUCCCCCCCCCCCCCAAAAAAACUUUGUUCAUUCAGUAAGAUGUCGCUCAACUGUUAGCAUCGACCAAGAGACGCUCGGUCUGACGAAUAGUAACAACACAGAAGCCGAACACAUUCCGUUACUCACGGUGAAAGCAGCGUGUGGGGAAAAUACAUGUUUGCUGUAGCAGCAGGCUGUGAUGACACAAAGCGCGGUUGGGGGUGGGGUCUCUUAACCGAAGAGUUUUUCGGGUUAUCUUCAGGGGCUAACGUGUAGAGUGUUGUGUAUUGUCGUCCUCCUGUUGUUCACCGUCAUAGCACACUAUCCAAAAAGCACACCGCUAUAAUCAGACCACCCAUCGUCGUACCGUUCUGUUCAGUGGAUGUACGUGUGAGUCCGGCUAAUGGCAGCGCCUCCAGCAGGCCGCCGGCUGUACUGUUCGUAGACAGUAAACGUAUUGCAAUAGAUUUGUGGAAUAUGCAAAUAACUGUCUCGUGACCUCAAAUAACGUGGGCAGCGGCGCUUUUGUCACCGCCUGCCGCUCUUUGGAGAGAGAAACUUGUGAAGCUUUUACGUCUUGAUACACAAUUGCUUUUCUGAAAAGCCUGAGAUGUGUUUAACUGUUUUACAUGCAUAUAUGACAAUUAUAUACUGGUAUAUAUGAUUAUAUCUGGAGUUAUAUAAUCAUAUAUAUAUUUAGCUGUUAAGUGUGACAGUGAUCUAUUUGUGCUGAGAUUUCAGCUGUUACAAUACGAUGUAUAUUACCCUGUAAAUUAAUGUUAAAAUAAUAGAAUUGUUCAUAUAUAUAUAUAUAUAUAUAUAUAUAUAUAUAUAUAAAGUGAGGAUUGGUGGUUUGCUUCUACCACUUUAAUCUGGUGUGAAGACAUUAAAGCCAGGUUCUUAGAUUCUCCUAGCAGUAGCUGUACAGUAUUUUAUUUUUUUUUAUCUCCCCCCCCCAAAAAAAAAAACAUAGAGAUGUUAACUGUUAGCAAGCUUGCUGCUAAAAUCAAAAAGGGUCUCAAUCUUUGCAUUUCUAAAAUGCCGGGUUGCUUCCUGGUGGGAAGGAUGGGCGGGGGGGCCGGAGGUGUUCAGCAGAGUUCAAGUUCUGGCGUCCUGUCAGGUAGGUAUCUAAGCAGACUUCAGGUAUUUGGUACUUUUUCCACCCAGGCAUGGCCUCCGCCCCCCCCUUUCGUCUUCCACACCAGUAUUUGUGUCCUUGUGGCAAGAAUAAAAAGGAUCAUUCUUCCAAUUAUUUCACCGGAAAUACAAUGUAUCAGUGAUGUAUAAACAAUAAAGCUGAAUUAAUUGUUGUAAACUGG